UUAACACCGUUACAUUCUCCACGGCAUCUUUGCCAUUUUUUAACACGCGAGGCAGCUACGACGAUCGGAGAUACAGAGGAACCGAGCUGCUCGCUUGUUCAUCAUCUGCCGCUUUCUUUCCAAAUCCCCUUGGAAUUUCAGUCAAUCUCGUUAAAAGGAUGUGGGGUUUUGCUUCAAAUGCCAUCACAAGCAUUGGACUAAAAAGAAGCUCAUCAGAGCCAAGUCGGGUAUGCUUGGACUCCUCGGAUGAUGAAGUCUGCUCGAAUUCAAGCCGAGAGGAAGGGUUAGAAUGCCCUAUAUGCCUGGAAUCUUUCAACAUUGUCGAGAAUGUGCCCCAUGUCUUAUGGUGCGGCCAUACCCUGUGCAGAAACUGUGUCUUGGGGCUUCAAUGGGCCACUGUAAAGUUUUCCUCUCAAAAGUUUAAGAUACCAUUCUUCAUUUCUUGCCCUUGGUGCUACCUGUUGUCUUUGCGGCUGAUUUAUAAGGGUAAUCUAAAGUUUCCUCGCAAGAAUUUCUUCCUUCUGUGGAUGGUUGAGAGCUUUAAUGGUGAUAGGGUAAAGUUUGUUCCUGCAAUCAGUGGGGAAAACCAACAAAUUGGUUCUCCAAGAGCAAGUUUCGCUAUAGGAAAUCAAGCUGGCAAUGGUAACCUGAGGAGGAACCAUUCUAGUUGUCCUUCACUAUCAAGGUAUAACCGUGAUGAUAGAGGUGGCCGUGUGGAGCGGCAUCUAUUCUCCCUGCACAAGUCUUUGGAUUGCUUCAUUCACAUUACAUCCAAGUUCCCAUUAGUCAUAUUGUUUCUCGUGAUUGCAUUUUUUGCAAUACCUGGCAGUGCUAUAGUUUUGGCAAUCUACUUGUUACUCACAGUGGUUUUUGCAAUCCCAUCGUUCUUGUUAUUGUACUUUGCAUACCCUAUUUUGGAGAGGCUGGUAAAGGAGAUAACCUCGUGACCCAUCAACCUGAGUCUUUGCUAUCCACAUCCUUCUCAGAUCUCGUGCGUAUGAUGGUGGAAGUUUCAAGAGUUUAGUGGGAAGUUUCUUGGGUAAUUUGUAAGUUCCGACUUCUGUGUCUAAACGAUUGUCACUACUGUAACUAUCAUUAUUUGUUUGAAGUAGCUGAUUUCCUUCUGCCCAAGCUUGAGUACUCUCAAGAUUAUUGCUCUCAAGUGAUUUUAGAUGAGGUAUUGAAAUAUAUCGUAGUGGAUUACAUACAUGCU